AUUUUAGAAGUCCUUUGUACUUGACGUUAUUAGGUCUAAAAGAUGUUUCUGGUUGUUGCCCUCCAGCUCAUAAACAUACUUUGCCCCGCUGCAGUUCCGACUCAGUGAGCCACCAGCCGCAAUGGUUCUUGUAACUCAUAUAACUUCAUAGCUAGCACGAGGCAAAAAUAUGCAUGCAUUGGAGGGCUUGGCUGCGCCAUGGCCGGGCCGUGUGUGCUGGUUGUAGUAAAUCUUGACUGGGAUAACCACUUCUGAAGAAGACCAGAGAAAGCCUGCAGGAUUCUGCGAUUCUGGGCAAAGCUGCGCUUCAAGUGAAGCAUUACUACAGUGCGCUUCACUUUAUAUGAGUGCUCUUUUGCCUUCAGCUGACACAUCACAAACAAGACACGCAGUACCUAUUUACAGUCACAUCAUGUCACAGCUCGCUCUGGUUGUCCUGUUGGGAGUCAUCUGCCAUGCUCUGUCUGCGCAGGGACAGGAGCACAUACCACUCACACUGAACGUGGAGUCAGGGCUGCAAGAUGUACCGUGCGGAGGGUUCAGGUAUUUCUCCGUGGAGGUGACCGAUCCGUGCAAGGACUUGCGAGUGAUGGUGACCAAGAUUGAGGGAGAGCCCGAUGUGUACAUUGGAAGGGGUAACAACAUGUUCCCCACUGACAACACCUUGGCCUGGAGUUCCUAUGAAUGGGGCUCAGAGAACCUCACCGUAUCCAGUUGGGACCCAGAAUUUGAAGUGGGCACGUUCUACAUUGGCGUUCACGCCUACUGUGGGAUCGACGUUCACACAGGCAACACCUCAUCUAAGGUUAAAGUUCUUGCAGAGAGUUUGGCAACCAGCCACAUGCACCCAGAGAUCACCGCUGGCUCACCCAUCAGAGAUGGGAGGGUUGAUGCCCAGGGCUACAACUAUUACCGCUUUUGUCUGCCACACAAAUGCGCCAAUGUGGAGGUCAAGCUGGAGAACUGCCUCAGUGGAGCAGACUGCCCGGACUCCUACGGGUACCCGGAACUCCUGGUAUCGCGGUCCAUCGUCCGGCCAUCCAUCAACGACCACUCUUGGAAGCUGGCCUCCAUCUACCGUCGCAGCGUCUACCUGCAGCACAAUGACUCGGACGUCCAGCCCGGCCACUACUUCGUGGGCAUAUACGGCUGGUGCACGCCUGACGAAAACUGCCCCGACAAGAGCACGUGUGGGCCCUGUGAGUAUGUCGCCAACAUGGCCUACAAUGUAUCCGUCAUCAUGACGGAUGUCGCUGACUGUGAUCUUAACCCAGAAAAGUGUAACGCUCUGUCUGUGGAGGGACAGAAGCAUGUACCGCUCACAUUGAAUGUUGAGUCGGGGCUUCACAAAGUCCCAUGUGGAGAGUUCAGGUAUUUCUCCGUGGAGGUGACCGAUCCGUGUAAAGACUUGCGAGUGAGGGUGAACAUGGUUGAGGGAGAGCCGGACUUGUACAUUGGCCGGGGCAACAACAAGUUCCCCACUGACAACACCUUGGCCUGGAGUUCUUACAACUGGGGCUCGGAGGACCUCACCGUAUCGAGUUGGGACCCUGAAUUUGAAGUGGGCACCUUCUACAUUGGUGUUCAUGCCUACUGUGGGAUCGACGUUGCAACAGGAGACACGCCAUCUAAGGUUACAAUUUUGGCUGAGAGCAUCCCAACCACCCACCCGCAUAAUGAGAUCACCGUGAACUCAUCGAUCAGAGAUGGGAGGGUUAAUGCUGAGGGCUACAACUAUUACCGAUUCUGUCUGCCACACAAAUGCGCCAAUGUGGAGGUCAAGCUGGAAAAUUGCCUCAGUGCGGCAGAAUGCCCGGACUCCUAUGGGUACCCGGAACUCCUGGUAUCGCGGUCCAUCGUCCGGCCAUCCAUCAACGACCACUCUUGGAAGCUGGCCUCCAUCUACCGUCGCAGCGUCUACCUGCAGCACAACGACUCAGACGUCCAGCCCGGCCAUCACUACGUGGGUGUGUACGGCUGGUGUACACCCGACGAAAACUGCCCUGACAAGAGCACGUGCGGGCCCUGUGACUACGUCGCCAACAUGACCUACAGUGUGUCCAUCAUUAUGACUGAUAUCCCUGACUGUGAUCCGAAUGCUUGGAACCCGGACCCCUGCAAUACCAACAAGGCACAGAUAUUAAUGCCAUCCUACCUUGUGUUCUGUGUCAGUGCUAUCCUCAUGAAGAUUUUUUUCUAGUUUUUAGCGAUGUCCAGGUGAGAAGUGAGAAAGAAUGGUUUUAGAAGGAUAAGGGAGAAAGCAAAUUGGGCAAUAAGGUUAUUAACAUUGCUGACAUUAAAAAAAAUGGUCUGACCCAUUUUUUCACUAGUUGAUGUUCACUCUUGGCAACAAGUUAAAUGCAACGGAGUGCAAUAAAACUGAAAUGGAACCCUGUUGAAUGCAACAGAACGACUCAAAAGUGCACCAGUGGAUUUUGUUGCACUGAGUGCUGAGUUACUCUUUGUGUUCAGCCACAUGCGCUACAUGUACCAUUAUGUAACGUUACAUCAUUAAAUUGCUACAUGUGACAAUACACAACUCUUCACUACCACUCGUGCAGUCUGAUACAAUCAGCAGAGAUAAAGCCAAUAGGAGAUGCCAUUACUUUACUGUGGUGCCAUUUCAUGCGAGGGGGGGUGUCUUGUGGAUUUUUAAACUUUUGUUCACUGUGGUACAUGUAGUUCACAACACAACAUUGGUCAACAAGGCAUUUAUCGCACGACCUGUGCUCGGAUGUUCACCACUGCAGUAAAGGCAUCCAAUGGUGUCCACCAGGUGAUAUCCUAACAGUUCUUUGCUUUUCUGUGGCAAACACAACGGUCGUUACUUCUGUCACCAUUUUCUUUGAUGGAAUAAGUACAGCCAAAUCUAAAAAUUGCAAAUGUUCAAGAUUUGAGAGCAGUGGGAAAGGUAACUUUGAUAAGGUGCAUACCCAGGGUAUGAUCAAACCCGCCAGUAAAAAGAAAUGUUUAAUUUAAUCUGUUGACUGAGUGAUCAUGUCCUGUGUGGUUUCCUGGCGACGUCUGUAGCCUGAGCUCGUGUAUCAUGCUCAAUUCUGCGAGAAAGCGAGCAAAUACUUAACUAUACUAAAUACACAGAUCGCAGUAAAGCGUGCGUACAUUUCAGUAAACAUUACAUUUAAUUUACAGUGGAGUGUUAUAUAAAUAUGAUCUGUAUUCUGCUCCCAUAAACGAGGUUAAGCAUGCGUUGUACCCAAGUGUAUAUGCGUUGCAUGAACAAUACUACCCACCAAGUCUUUUUUUCUGUGUAAGCGUCCAUAUUUUUUAGGUCUCCACAGGGUAAGAAGAACUGCAUCAGGUCAUAGUUAUGUGCAGUGACAUUUUUUUAUGGCACACAUACAUAUACUGUACAUGUAUAUUUAUGUAUCUUUAUUGAGCCGUUCAGCAAUAUUUGUGUACCCUAUUCAAAAGUAUUCUUAUUUGUGAUUUGUACCAUGAUGUUGAAUUUAUUGAAUUCCAAAUGUCCUCCAUCUGCGUUUAUUUUUGCCUUUUGUUCUUUCGUCAGCAAAUGUUUAUUUUCUAGUCUAAUUUGUUGUUUUUUGUAUAAGAGGUCGCUGUUUUUUUGUACCUCGCACAAUUAUUUUUGGAUGUUCAUUUACUCAGAUUUAGAUUUUGAAAAUAUAAACGAUUCCAGAUUUGGUCAUUUUGUUGCCAUUUUUUUUUAAUGUGACAAGGCACAAAGUGUUAUUUGUCAGUUUUGAGCAUUUCAUUGUUUCCUGUAGUACAAAAGCGAAUAAAGUGCAUUAAGCUCUAGCAACUACUAACUGAAAUUCAACUAGCUUUUGAUACUUUGAAAUAAUAUAGUGUGGGAGUGCAGCACUCUUGGUGCAAAGUUUUUUGUUUGUAAUAGCUAAAGGUUCUAUGUUGUAUAAUUGAGGAAAUGUGUGAAGUUUAUUACUGUCUGGUAAUACCUAGUAGUAAGUGAUUAGGUACAUGUACAUGUUGAGAAAAUAAAUUGAGAAAAUGAUAAGUUUUCAUUUAUCUUUGUUUAAACGGGAAAUAGUAUUUUUCUAAAGAAAUGUAGCAGAAAACUAACUCCAUUGAAAACUGUCGUCAUUUUUUUGCAGCAAGGGAGUGAGAAGACCAUGUUUUGUUUAUGUGAUGAAAGGUGUGUUAAAAAUGCCGCUUGUUUACUGCAUAUAUUUGCAUGAAGUAAUGCAAUUAAAAAAGGUGGAAGCUGCUGUCAGUUCCCAG